UCCUACCACAGCCCAGUGCAAUAUUAUUUGUAAUAAAAAAUACAAAAUCAAACACAGCAACACAAGUUCUCUUCUACGACAUCUAAGAAUAAUGCAUGGUGCAGUAAUUAAUUCGAAAUCGACGACAUCGACCGAACCUGAUCCUACCACAGAAAAAACUAUUUCAUAUUUGGACGAAAAUUCAAGCAGAGCCCAACAAUUAACAUACGGAAUUGCACGCAUGAUGACACGAGAUUUGCAACCUUACAGCCUUGUGGAUGACGAUGGAUUCCUAACGUUAAUGAAGAUUGCAGAACCAAGAUAUAAAAUUCCUUCACGGACCACGUUUUCCCAAACAAUUAUCCCAAAAAUGUACGAGGAUCUGAAAGUACAUGUAAAAAACGAAAUAUCCACAGCAAUAAGAAGCAACAGUGUAUUUGCAUUUACGACGGACGGCUGGACGUCGCGAGCUGUGCAAAGUUACAUGUCGUUAACAGUACACUAUAUAACACCGGAGUUUGUGUUAAAACACAAUAUACUAAAUUUAGAACAUGUACCAGAAAAGCAUACUCACAAAUACAUACAAAGCACCAUAUUUAAUUCACUGCAAACAUGGAGUAUUGAUAUAGAGAAACCUGCAUUUUUUACUACCGAUAAUGGUCGUAACAUAGCAAAAGCAAUAAAUACAUAUGAAAAGUGGACGAGGAUUCCUUGUUUCGGUCAUUGUUUACAAUUAGUAAUAAAAUCUGCCAUGAAAAAUUAUAAAGAAUACGAAGAACUCCGGAAAAGAUGCCGAUCCAUAGUUACCUUUUUUGCAAAAUCGACCACUGCUAGAGAAAAAUUUAUGAAUGUACAGAAAACCUUAGACGAUAAACAAACACCAUUAAAAUUAAUACAGGAAGUAGAUACAAGGUGGAAUUCGACAUAUGCCAUGUUCAAAAGAUUUAUUGUGUUACAAAAAUCGUUGAAUGUAAUACUAUGUGAAGAAUACAUGCCAGAUAAUUUAACUAUAGAAGAGUGGAAUUUCAUGGAAGCCCUAAUAAUGAUUCUCGAACCACUAAAAGAGGCAACAGAAAAUAUGAGCGGAGAUUCGUAUCCUACCAUAUCCCACUACUUCCCCAUGUAUUUUGCAUUAAUGAACAUAUUACAAGAAGAAUCUGCAGAAAAUGCAUUAAUUACUAAUAUUUCCAACAGCGUUCAAAACGCAUUGAAGACGCUGGGCAACACAGAAGAAGGUCCAGAAACGUUUACAACGCGUAAAAAUAGAGAAAUACAAACAUGCUUCGCUGAAAAUUUAGUACCGCGGAAAACAAAUAUUAUAGACUGGUGGAAAUCAAAUCAGACACGAUUUCCAAUACUGUCUCGAGCAGCUAAAGAUUGUCUUGCUGUACCAGCAACACAAGUAAAAAGUGAACGCUUAUUUUCUACUGCCGGAAACAUAGUAAUGCAAACACGAGCACGAUUGCUGCCAGUAAAUGUACAAGGACUAUGCUUCUUACAUGAAAACUUAAAAUAA